UUCAACAGGCUCUUCAACAAGUGAAUUCAUGUCAGAGUUCUUCCCGGGACAAGUUUUGCCCAGAGGGCAUACUUUAUUAGUGUCAGUGUGCAAUGCUGUCAGUGACUCUUCUCCUGUUCAUUUCGUCUCCAGUCAAGUUUCUUUCUCGCUGAAAAUUCCCUUCCUGGCUCCUUCUCACUCUCUCUUUGUGUGUGUAUGUGUGACUGACUGUGACUGUAAUCUCCCACGUUCUUUUUUUCCGCUAAAAUGUUCCUUCUGGCCUAUUUCCUCGUCCCGGAUCACGGAAGAGGGACAACCCUCCUCUACUGAAGUCUGCCCCUCUGAUCAACUGACCGACUGAAGAUUCACACACAAGUGUGUGUGUAGAGAGCUACGGCGAGAGACACACAAUUUUAGCCUCGAAGUUCAGUUGUUGGAACGCAUUUCCAGCUCGCUCUGAUAUCAGAGAAAUUAAAGGAAUGUGGACUAUUUCCCAUGGAAUUACCCGUGAGGAUUAACUCGCGAUAAGAAACCGUCGCCCGUGCUUGUGUUUGACCGUGGACGGGAGUAUAUGUCUAAGGUAUAUGAACCUGCUCGGUGUUCUGUAGCCGCAGAGCUCAUGCAUGGUGAGUUUGAGACAGGCAGUUUGCUCCAGUCCAACUUCACAGUGAAAAGCAAGUCGGGAGAAAUGAUGCGAACAGCACGAAAGUUUUAAGCAAACUUUUACUUGAGUCUCUAGAGAAAACACGAGUAGGUAAUUGGUCUCUUUUCAGAACAGUAAAUUGUCCUUCCAAGUUUGGGAAUUUAGUUUACGGUGUGCAAACGCCACGGACAGAAUGAACAUCACUGGGCGCGUGGUACUUGCGCUGUUGCUCGCCCUGCUGGUGGGCUUUACCGGGGGCACACAAGCCCAAGUAGUGUCCGCCAAGGUGAUGCGGUCGUCAAACGUGAGGCGAGAUGACUUGUACCGGAAAGAAGAGGUCGUCACGGUAACUGCAGCUGGGGGAGCCAUCCAGAGCCCCCGCUUCCCGAACUCCUACCCCCGGAACCUGCAGUUGUCAUGGAAACUACUGUCGCCCCACAACACCCGCAUCGUCCUGGAGUUUGACUCCCACUUUGCGCUGGAGGAACCAGAGAACGAUGUCUGCAGGUAUGACUUUGUGGAGGUGGAGGACAUCUCAGAGACCAGUACUAUUGUCUGGGGGAGAUGGUGUGGUCAGAGAGUCCCCCCACGCCUCACCUCCAAAACCAACACCCUCAAAGUCACCUUCAAGUCAGACGACUACUUCGUGGCCAAGCCUGGCUUCAAACUCAACUACUCUCUACUGGAUAAUUCUCUUCCUACAGCAUCCAAGACGAACUGGGAAGCUGUGACCCAGAUGGAUGAUGCUCCGUCGCUGUUGGCCCCAGUGGUGACUGAUGUUCCUCUGACAGCAGCAGCGUUGGACCAGACCAUAGCAGCCUUCAACACAGUGGAGCAGCUCCUCCGCCACCUCAACCCUGACAGCUGGAGACAGGACCUGGACAGCUUGUACAGAGAGACAGCAAUGUACAGACCCCGGGCCUACCAGCACAACAGACAGAACAAGAUUGACCUGGACCGUCUGUAUGAUGACGUGAAGCACUACAGCUGUACACCUCGGAACUACUCUGUCAACCUGAGGGAGGAGCUGAGGGCCACCAACGCCGUGUUCUUCCCACGAUGCCUACUGGUGCAGCGCUGUGGGGGGAACUGUGCCUGUGGUACAGACAACUGGAACGGAUGUACCUGCAGCCCGGCCAAGACCAGUGACAAACUACACGAGGUGCUGAAGUAUGCUCCUGAGGUGGGAGGUUUUUCACGGCGUCGGACAGCUCGUGUCCGCUGGGUCCUAGAGGAGGUCCAUCUCUUGCACCACGAGCGCUGUGACUGUGUUUGUCCCUCCAGACCACCCCGCUGAGAGACAAUGGGACAGGGGGACCCAGCUCUGGGAUUAACUGCUGUUUAUAUCUCCAUAUCUCUCUUUCUAGCGCUCCCCACACCAACAUGUUACAAACCUAGUCACCAACAUCCAUCCACAUACCAACAUGUUACAAACCUAGUCACCAACAUCCAUCCAUCCCCACACCAACAUGUUACAAACCUAGUCACCAACAUCCAUCCAUCCCCAUACCAACAUGUUACAAACCUAGUCACCAACAUCCAUCCACAUACCAACAUGUUACAAACCUAGUCACCAACAUCCAUCCACAUACCAACAUGUUACAAACCUAGUCACCAACAUCCAUCCACAUACCAACAUGUUACAAACCUAGUCACCAACAUCCAUCCAUCCCCACACCAACAUGUUACAAACCUAGUCACCAACAUCCAUCCACAUACCAACAUGUUACAAACCUAGUCACCAACAUCCAUCCAUCCCCAUACCAACAUGUUAUAAACCUAGUCACCAACAUCCAUCCAUCAUCCCCACACCAACAUGUUACAAACCUAGUCACCAACAUCCAUCCAUCCCCAUACCAACAUGUUACAACCCUAGUCACCAACAUCCAUCCACACACCAACAUGUUACAAACCUAGUCACCAACAUCCAUCCCCAUACCAACAUGUUACAAACCUAGUCACCAACAUCCAUCCAUCAUGCACACACCAACAUGUUAAAACCUAGUCACCAACAUCCAUCCGUCCACAUACCAACAUGUUACAAACCUAGUCACCAACAUCCAUCCCCAUACCAACAUGUUACAAACCUAGUCACCAACAUCCAUCCAUCCCCAUACCAACAUGUUACAAACCUAGUCACCAACAUC